CUAUCACGACACGCAACUUUGAAGAGAGAUCGAGGAUUCGCUCGGUUGUUUGCCUCGCUUACCUGUUGCUGUUACUACGAGCACGAGACCAAAGCCCCGCACAGACCGGUAAACGUCACCUUCGGCUACGAUCCGUGGCGCGGAAUGUAAUAAUCCAGCGCCACGCGCGACUCACUAAGCUGCUUUGGAUCCACCAGCGUUUCGUUCUCUGACUCGGGGGUGUAUCAAUACAACGCUCAUCCACAGUCAUCAGGACUACACACCCAGCAUGACCUCCUACGACAUGGACAGCGAGGCUGUCGGCCAGCAGGAUAAGGACAAAGUCAAGAUCAGCUUCCGCUUUUGUCGCGAGUGCUCAAACAUGCUGUACCCAGCCGAGGACAAGAUCAGCCAUGAACUUAUGUUCUCGUGCCGUAUGUGUGCCUACAGCGAGAAGGCGGAAACGACGUGUGUGUUCCGCAACGCUCUGAGAGACGAGAUUGCGGAGACGCCAGGCAACUACAAGGAGGUAGCGGAGGAUCCUACGCUCCCACAUACGGAAGAUGAACAAUGUGCACAGUGCGGCGAACGAGACGCGGUGUUCUUCCAGAGUCAGCAGCGAACGAGAGAGACGGGCAUGGCGCUUUUCUUCGUUUGCGUGAAUUGCAAUCAUUGUUGGUCGACCCUCGACCGCAUUAAAUAGAGGGAUGGACGCG